UAUAUACCGCCGGCCGUCGUCUUUCGCGGGACGUCCUGGUUACGAAGCACGCCGACAUCAGAGCGUGCCAGGCGGCAGCAGCAUUAGUAGUAGUAGCAGCCGCAGCCGCAGCAACAGUAACAGUGACAGUAGCCGCAGAUAACAGCAGCAGCAGCAAGGCUCCGGCAGCAGUAGGCGCGGUCUCGCAGUCGACACGUCGAAAAUCCGAGGGCAUCUGUCGACAACCCCGAACUUAUAUGAAUUCUAUAUAUACAUACACAUAUCGUUUUAAUCAUCCGGGCGUCGGGCUUGAGAGCAGAGCAAGAUGAACACCCACUUCCACGCUCACACGAGCUUUGCUCCGGUUUUCAACUACUCGCAAGGGAACCCCAUGCAGCAGUAUACCGAGAGCCAGUACCCUGUUCACCAUGGGUUUCCCGGGCUGCAGUACAUGUAUGGCUACCAGCAGCCUCGCAAUCACCACCUUCUGGCUGAGCGGAACACAUUGGGCGACGGCAAGACGGAAUCUAAGCCGCGGUUAUCCAAGGAGGAGGUUGAGAAGUUGGAGAAAGUGUUCCAGGAGAAUCCCAAACCUUCGAGCUCGGUGAAGGCGCAGUUAGCAGAUGGACUCGGGCUAGAACGGCCGAGGAUUAAUAAUUGGUUCCAGAAUCGGCGCGCCAAAGCGAAGCAGGAGCGGAAACAGGAGGAGUAUGAGGCGCGUAGAGCCGCGGAGAAGGCCAGCUCCGAGCCUAUCCCGCUAGACGAAGAUCUAUCGAGCGGCGCGUCAGAGCACUCGGGCGAGAACGUCCACCAGCACAUGCAACCUUCGUCGGCUCCCUUCCCUGACCUCAACGGUUCUUCCGAGACGACGGACGGUUCUGGCGACAACGAGAAUCCCGAAGAGGAUUCCGCCGACUCGGACGGUUCCGGUUCUCCUUCACUGCACAACCACUCCGGCUCCCACCAAAGCGAUGUCCCUACCGAUUUCCAGUCCCCAUUAUCGUUCGAUUUCUCACCCGCGGAAGUGACGAAUUUUGCCCACCUCCCCAUCCAUUCGAACUAUUCUCACUCAGGACCCGUGGGAAACUACUCCUCGUUCCUCCCCUCUCAACAACAGAAUGUUGGUAUCGCUAGCAGCGAUGAUCAGUCGGCCAGGUUACUCAGUAAUCUAUCAUCGCCCAGCGAGCAGUGCCUGAGUAUGAAUGCUGAGAACGCUGGGCGUCCGUUCUCAGGUAUGAUGGACGCAGACUUCUCGAAUUCGACGGCUGCGCCAUACCUCCCGACCCACACAGCUAUGAGUACGCCGGUGCUGAGCGGGAGCCCUAUGGACACGAUGACGGGCCACGCCGACAGCGUCGCUACGCCCAUGAGCGAGGGACAGGUGUCGGGUCUCAUGGCUCAGGGGAUGACAACGCCGGGUGACUCGUUCAAGUCGCCCCCUCCUCCUGCUAAUAUCGCUUCGCGGCGAAAUAUCCCGCGGCCGGCUGCGCUUCAGACCGCUUCGUUAAGGAGUCGUUCUCACAAUUUUGGCUGUGGGCCCAAAACUGCAUUGGACGGGUCUAAGAGGGUAGAUCCUUCAAGCCCUGCUGCGACAAUGAGACGAAUUGUUUCGACUGCAGGUACUAUCCACGGACGCAUCCAGAAGUCCAGCGCCGGCCCGCGGUCACCCAUGUUCUUCAACCGCAAUCCCGAAGUCUUACUACAUCACUAUCACUCUCGAUCACCUAUAGGGCCCGCGACGGCGACAUUCCCCGGGGCGGCUCCCCCGACUCCCAUGACACCUGUGGUUGUCGAACAGCAAGCCAUGCGGGAACCGACGGUAUCUUCCACGUGUUCCGACGACAGCUCGUUCCUGCUAGGGGGCAGACUAUCGGCAUCCAACCUAAUACAAGAAUUCAAAGCCGAGUCCAACCUAAAGACACCACCAAGCACUCCGGGCCUGUUGACACAGUUCGGUAAUCCUAAUUAUCCGUUUGGGGCCGGAGUCGAGUUUCAUACCGACCAGCCUCUGCUAACUCCCUACUUCCAACCCGAGUUCACCGACCUCAGCGUACGCAAUGUGCCUAGUUACGCUGAGCUCAAUGACGGAAGCCUCCCUACCACGCCAUUAUAUCCUACCAUGAUAGGCUCCCUCCAAGAGCAUGUCACGUACGGCCACAACUCGAUAGCGAACACCCAGUUCGACUGGGACGCCAACGAGUCCGUCAGCUCGUCAAAGUCGUCUCCCAACCAGCCGAGGUCUAAACAGAUCCAAUUCACUCAGAAUAUGACGCCUCAGGACUACACGAGUCACCUACACCACCACCACCACCAGGAAAAAUAACUUAACUCUCUGGCCGGCUCGCCCACGGCUGCGGCGAGCCGGCCAACCAUGCCCAUUUUGAGGUCGCGCGACGGGAUCGAACUUGUCUAUUGAGGCAGUUCGUCCCCAAAAUUCCUUUCCUCUCUUCUUCUGCCCCGCUCUAGGAUUUUGUGUAUCAUUACUUGUGCAUUUUUCUGUCGAGCUACACAACCAACCUGCCUGCAUUUGCAUUUUUUUUUCCCGUAUACUCUCUCCGAGCGAUGGGUUCUCGCGACAGGGAAACGCUGUGGGCCGAUGCG